UUGGAGGCGGUGGUCUUGUGCCGCUUCCCCUAGGGUUUCGUAUCGUUCUGGACCCACGUUCAGUGAAACGGUCACUCCCCAGCGCUGAUCUUGGGAGCAGUUCCUGCUUCACCCGGGAAAUGUUUUGACGGGGUGCUCCUGGUCCGGUACCCCUUCUCCUGCUGCUGUCCCCGGGAGAGAGCCCACCUUGCCUGGUGACACUGACAGUAGGUUUUUAUGGUGGUCCUCUGAUGAUCUAGACAUGGUGUAAGCCUAUGCAUUUCAAAAUAUAAGGUCACAUUUGAGGAGACUAAGAGUUCCUGUUUUACUUAGUAAUUACAUUGAAGAAACAUUUCCACUGUUUAAACUACUUGUUCAGCUGUCCCAAUGGGAUUUUGGCUUAGUAAAUCUGCUAGUCAGAUAUCUGCUAUGGAAAUGAAUUCAAAAGUGGAUGAUCACUUAAUGAGAGUGACUGAGCAAAGCAGGCUGGAACCCGUGACUCGGUUAUUUCAAAACACCAAUAAAAUAAGACUAGAAGACAGAAACCAAGAAAACUUCACAAGAACUGAAGGGACUGGCACAGAAUGUUUUUCAGAGAAAGAUUUGGGCCCAGUAAUAUAUGUUAAAGAAAGUGAUGGAAUAGAAAUGACUGAUGUGGAAUGAAGUAAUUUGUACAUUUUACCAAAGAAACCAAAAAUUGCUUUUGAUUAAGAGGAGGUUUGCAUUAGGUCUGAACAAUAUUACAGAAACAUAACAAAAUGAGUUCAUAAAUCAUCUUAAACUAUAUUUUUGAUAGUCCAUAUCAAAAAGCAGUUGCUUUAGGGAAAAAAAGCCUUCCCAAAAUUCAAAAUAUGUCUUUCUAGGAUUAUGUUCUAUCCUCAGUAAAAACCAGAGGUUUUUUUUUUUUAAUAACAAUGUUUGAAUGUCACCAAAACAUCCAAUUUCUUUAAAAAGUAGUUUUUUUAAGUGUCUAAGUAAUUGAUGAGUGUUUCACCCUAUUUCCAGUAUACUACUUUUGUAUGUUGCAUUGACAGCUUGGGAUUUUUGUGUUAAGAUAGUGUAUCUUUGUACAUUUUACAUUUGUAGUAUAAAAGAUCACUACAGAUAAUCUGCAAAAGACAAGUUAAUUGUCCAUCAGGAAUAUUUCACAUUUUAAACCUCCUAUUCCCCAUGUUGAAUCUAUUUCCAAAUUAGGAAAUAGCUUUUUCCAAGUGUAAUAGUUAAUCUCUCAGAUGCUACCAUUUUAUACUACCUUUAAAGAAAAAAAAAAAAACUUUUGAAGAAAUUCUUGUUAUAUGCCAGUGUUUGAAAUAUCUGGGAGCUUGAAACAACAGUAUUAUCCUAUGUAAUGUUAGAUGAAAUUAAAGCUAUU